AUGCGCUCAUCGCCGAACAUCAUUAUUACCGGUACGCCCGGGGUGGGCAAGACAACGCACAGCGAGAUCCUCGCAGAGAGGACCGGCUUGCGACAUCUUUCCGUGAACCAGGUGGUCAAGGACAAGGAAUGCCAUGAGGGCUGGAGCGACGAGUACCAGAGCUGGAUCGUGGACGAGGACAAGCUUCUGGAUGUAAUUGAGGAUGAUGUCAAGGCAGGGGGCUGUAUAAUCGACUGGCAUGCGUGUGACCUGUUUCCACGCAGCUGGAUCGAUCUUGUCGUGGUGCUGCGAGUUGAUUCCAAGACGCUCUAUGAUCGUCUGGAGGCCAGAAAUUACGCUGAGGCCAAGCUUCAGGAGAACAUAGAUUCUGAGAUUAUGGAGGUGCUUCUGCAGGAGGCGCGUGAAGCGUUUGACGAGGAAAUCGUGGUUGAGCUCACUAGCAACAGCUCGACGGAGAUGGAGUCCAACAUCGACCGGAUUGAGGCUUGGCUCGAGCAGUGGAAGAAGGAUCAUGCCGACUGA